GGCGGGCCGGGCGGCGAGGGCUCCCCGGCGGGCCGCGCCUGAUUGGCCGGCUCGCGCAGCGAUGGCUCAGGGCGCCAGAACGGGGGCUUUAGCGCCUGGUGGGAGCGGCGGGCGGCAGAGCCGCGCGCCGCCCCCGCAGCGCCCCGGCCCCGGGCCCGGCCGCGCAGGUGGGUUAAAAGCGCCUUCUCGCUUGCGCCGUUGCAGAUGGAGGCGAGCUGCUUGUCGCUACGGGACCUGGCGGGCGGCCGGCCGGCGCGGCGGGGCCGCGCGGACGGAGCGGCAGAGGGGGCGCAGAAGGAAAACAUAUUUGAUAGAUCCAGGAUGGCCCCGAAGACUCCCAUUAAAAAUGAACCAGUUGACCUAUCAAAGCAGAAAGGCUGCACCCCGGAAAGAAAUCCAAUUACACCUGUUAAGCUCACUGACAGACCUCAACCUGACCCCUGGACCCCCACUGCUAACCUGAAGAUGCUUGUUAGUGCUGCUAGCCCUGACAUGAGGGACAGGGAAAAGAAGAAAGAGCUCUUCAGACCUAUAGAAAACAGUGAGCAGAAUGGCAUGUCUGAUUGUUUACAGUAUGAUAUGGUAGACGACAGCGCGGUUGAUGAAUUUGAAAAGCAGAGGCCCAGCAGAAAACAGAAAAGCUUAGGACUCUUGUGCCAAAAGUUUCUAGCUCGCUAUCCAAGUUACCCAUUGUCAACAGAAAAAACUACUAUUUCUUUGGAUGAAGUGGCUUCAAUUCUUGGAGUUGAGCGGAGACGGAUCUACGAUAUAGUGAACGUCCUGGAGUCAUUGCACUUGGUUAGCCGUGUUGCCAAGAACCAGUACUGUUGGCAUGGCCGGCACAACCUAAGUCAAACUCUGAAAAGGCUUCAGGAAGCAGGAGAGCUGCAGUAUGGAGAGCUGAUGGCCUUCUUGCAGCACAAGGAGCAGGACCUGGACUAUACAUCUGGAGAAAGGAAAAAGGAAACUAGUCUAGAUUCUCAAGACAGACUGCUGCUUGACUUCUCAGAACCAGAUUGCACCUCUGCAUCUGCAAACAGCAGAAAGGACAAGUCGUUGCGGAUUAUGAGCCAAAAGUUUGUCAUGCUGUUCCUUGUCUCCAAGACCAAGAUAGUCACUCUCGACAUCGCAGCAAAGAUACUGAUAGAAGAAAGCCAGGAUACAGUGGACCACAGCAAAUUUAAAACAAAGGUACGAAGGCUGUAUGAUAUUGCCAAUGUUCUCACCAGCCUAGGCUUGAUAAAGAAGGUUCACGUCACAGAGGAACGGGGGCGCAAGCCAGCCUUCAAGUGGAUUGGGCCUGUGGAAUUCCGAGGAAAGACGGAUGAGCCAAGAGGGCAUAGCCCAACAUCUGAUCAUCUACAAGAGAUGCAGAGAGAAGCUUGUGCCCCAUAUCAGAUCCAUGGAAAGCAAAGAUUCACAUGUCACACUUCAUUUAAUGGUGCACAGCUGUGUGAAGGGACCAAAAGGAAGGUCAUUUCUGAGUCUAACAGCUCACAUCAAGAGAAGCAAGCUUGUAUUGUGAAUUCAGAUGAAUAUUGUUCCAAAAUGGUAGACCUAACAACUGUCUGUAGGCAGAAAAUAGAAGAAGAUAUUAGGAAUAAAGCUUGUGCCACAGAAACAAUCUUAAAUUCAGGAAGGAACCCAAGCAUAAACUCGCCUUUCUCCCUUCUUCCGGUUCCAGGGAACUUGGAUUUUUGCCUUAAACCUUUGCCUCAUGUGUUGUUCCCUGUGGUUCCAUCAGAUGUGCCGUGCCUCUCGCUGCCAAGUGAUGUCAGCAACCAAGCUCAACAUCCUUCCGCUCCAGCAGCCUCCAAAACAGAAAAUGGAAAACCUACCCUGCUCCCCAACCAACCCUUUCUGUGCUUCCCCUCUUCAUCUCUUUUUAUGUUGUGUGGCAGUCUUCAGGAAAAUGUCUUGAGGGAGAACCACGCCGUUGCAGGAGACGUGGGAAACAGGAGUGCUAGGGAAUGGGCCUCACCCCUCAAAGCACAGGGUGCUGUACCUCCAAUUAAUUCCCAGAAACGCAGCUCCCACAAGUGCAUGUCACCCUCUGCCCCUAUGGACAGUGAAGAGCCUGUUGCUAAAAAGCAGACUGUGGAACAGAGCAGUGUCCCUCUCUCGCUUGUAGUACCCAAGGAGCCCUGUGAGUCACCUGAGGCAGAAUCUACCCUGGGAAGUGGCUGUACAUCUGCUGUACAUCUAGAAGCUUUUCAUCUUGACCUCACAACUCCUGCUGCUCCAGAGGCUGCAGACAAGGAGACUACUAAGUCUUUAGAUUCUCAGGAGCAAGAAAAAACAUCUCAGAGUAAAGACCCUGAUGAACCCUCUCCAGGAAGAGAGCACAACUCUAAAGAAAAUACCAAUCAACCCUUCCUACCACAAUAUCUCUGUGUUCAGCCUACUGCUGGAUUAAACAAUUUUAAUUUCCUGUUCUCUGCAAACCAAGCCCCUGGUGCUGUUGGCCUGGCUGUGAGCCAGUUACCUUCUCUGAGUGUCCCCUGUGUUGUGGUGCCGUCAGCAGCCUUGGCUUCCUUCCCUCUUGUCUGUUCUCCUGCGAUUCCCAGCCCUCUUUCUCCAGUUCCUGACGGUUCCUUCUCAGCUGCUGCCUCCAUGAAUGUCAGUAUGUCUGGCCUGGCAUCAUCGACGCCCGUUUUCCUAGGCACCACGGCAGUGGUUUCUCCAAAGGCCUCACAUUCACCUUCAGCAGAUCCCCAGCAACCAGCUCACCCCGCUGUGCACCUGAGUCCUGUGCUAGCAAGGUCUUGCAGUACUGUUAAACUGGACUCCCCUGUGUAUAUGGGGCAUCCUGUGACCCUUCUGAAACUGCAGCAGACUUUGUCAGCUCCCCUCACUCCUAAGAGCAUUCGUCCUGCACAUCAUGAGGCAUUUUUCAAAACUCCUGGAAGCCUUGGAGACCCUGUUGCAUGGAAAAAAAAUGAAGGCAACCAGACCAGAAAUGCCAGCUCUGUGCAGAGAAGACUAGAAAUCUCUAGUACCAGCACUGACUAACUCCGUUCAUUGCAAACGCUGGGCAGAUUGUCCUAGGACUAUCUAUUAAAAAAGAACAAGCAAGCUCUUACCAAACAAGAGGAGCAUAUUAAAAUGACAUCCCUUUUGGCAUGUUUCCCUGCUACCUGUUCACCCACUAGUUCUGUUAACCUUCUCUUUCACAAGUCAUCCUUACUACUGAAUACCUUUUAUUUAGUUGUUCCUUCAGUACUGAUUUGAAUUCAGAAAGCUGUGAGGAGAUGCAAACAGAUUUCCUUGCAGUCCCCAUGGGUUUUUUAUUCGUGUUUGUAAGUGAGCUGUCAAGCACUUAUCUGGGUGAGCAUUUUUUUUACUCUACUUACCCUCAGUAAAUCUGUGGUGAAAACGAUAACCUCCUGCAGGUGCAAGAGCAACUACUUCCUUGGUUCCAAUCUGUCAAAUCCUGCCUCAGCAGUGCAGCCUCUUGCUAUUUAUUUUGUAAGUUGGAGUGGGAUUUAGUGCAAAAAAAGUUUUUUGCAGCUUCAGAAUAACAGAUUUUCUCAGGCUAUGAUUACUUGAAUGUCAUUUGGUUGUUGUACUAUUUGCCCAGCACUUGUGGUUAUGAAAACCUAAUAAUAACUUAACAUGGUAUGAUUGAAUGUAUACAUGUGAAAAAUAUUAAGACCAAAAUAACUGUGAAUUUUAACAUUUUUGUAGUUGUAUUAAUGAACUGUAAUAGUCGUCAUUUUUUUCCUCUUAUUCUGAGCAAAAAGUACAAGUUAGAUGUAAAAAGAAAAACAAAACAAAACCCAAACCUGAUUCCUAAAUAAGUUUGACAAAGUAAUUUGAGAGUGGCAAGCCACUGAGAGGUCUGUGCCAAGACUUCAUCUCCCAUUGAAUGUAUAGUCUAGACUUUAUGGCCAAAGAGCACUGAGAAGUCAUUAACCACAUUAUUAGGUUAAAGUUCUAGCGGUCUACUUAAGUGCCUAACUGUUCACCUAUGGGAAUUUCACUCACUUGUGAAUAGUGUAUUUGAAAACAGUGUACUUAAAAGACAAGACCUCUCUUGUUUUCCAAUGCAUACCUAUAUAAACUGUCAAAAGAAGCUGAAAAAGAAUGGGAGCCCUAAAUUUUGGGAUUGUGGGAGAAAAUGGUUUGUAUUCCUAGUGAGAAGGUAAGGAGGAAGAAAGGGAUAGGUAACACCUAACUUUGAGAAUCCUUUAAAUAAUGGAUGGAGCUCUUAAUACUUUAUGAUAUAAUAUAAAAGGUUAAUGCUGACCUUGGAUAUGUUUUCACUGGUGUAGCAGACUUCAGUUACAUUUGUGCAGUCCCCUUUAUUUAAAAAAAAAAAAAAGAGGAAAGAAAAGAAAAAAAAAGUUUUGCUGUUGACAACGUGUUGCUUUGGAUUUUUAGCAACCAUAGGGCCAGUUCUCUAGUUGGCAAGAACUUUGUAUGGAGUGGUACUGGUUUUCAAAGGGUAGUCUGAUGUGCUACGUCAUUGGUCUUGAGAGGCUAGGGCUUUGGGGGUUGGGGGUUUGAUGAGGGUUUUUUAUUUUUAUAAUGAAAUGUAUUAUGAAAAUGGAAUUUAAGAAAGAAUUUUAGUGAAACUGGGAGCUUGAGUAAUGUGGCCUUAUGUUAGAAUAGACCAAUAACAGCCUUAUAAAGAGGGCUGGUUAGCCCUCAUUGAAAGAAAAUCUGCAGUAGAAUUAUCAUAGGAAAAUUCAGGAGUGGUAAAGAGAAAUCUCCAGACUGCUGCAUUUAAACUUUUUUAAUUAAAAAAAAAAAAAGGAAA